AUGAAUGAUACACUUCGAAACGUCCACGAGUCGCCGCUGAUAGCCAACACAGAAUCGAUGAUCUUCAUCAUCAAACAGAUCCAGAAAGUGCCCGUCGCUGGGGCACGAGCAAUUAUCGCCCAGGAAGGGCGAAAUAAUUCUUCACGUAUUAUGACCCCAACGCCAAGAGCUCGCGAUCCCAUAAGCAUGCAAAAUUCAAGGAAAACGAGACCAGGCAAUACGCGAUUGCGUUCUGGCAGUCGUUUGUCUAGCGUGAUAGCAUCGCAACACAGCCAAGAAACGCCAUAUCAGGCGGGUGUGUCUGUGUCUCGCGAGCGUCAAAGGACGCGCGAUUAUGGAGAUGGCAAUAGGGAAACUUAUGAAGAGGGCUCAUCUUCAUCUUCCAUCCGGCAUGGCAGGCAUAACCACAUGUUGUUCGUGCCCAAUCCACCUUUCACUCAAGCCGAUUGGGACAGCAGGAACCGAAACAAGAGUGACUCCGGAGAGAAUCUUUAA